GCGGGGAUACUUCCUCCUGCCCCACCCACCUGUUUGUUCUGGGCUGGCAGCCCGCCCAUUUGUCUAAUAGAGGUUACAGCCUCUGGAGAUUACCAUCAAGAUAAGACCUGGCUGUGGUCAAAGGUCUUGGGGUAUCUUCCUCUUCUCUGGGGCACAAGAAGUGUAGGAAACUCCUAGAUCCAGCCUGGAACUCCAGCUCUCACUCCUCCACUGGCAGCGCCCUUCUAUCCACACCAACAUGGCUUUCAUGCCCCCUCCUGGCUAUCAGCCCUACUAUAACCCGACUCUCCCAUACAAUAGAGAGAUCCCAGGGGGGCUGCGCCAAGGAAUGUCCAUCUACAUCCAAGGAGUGGCCAAUGACCACAUGAAGAGGUUCACGGUUAACUUUACGUUGCCGGGGGGCGACAUCGCCUUCCACUUCAACCCGCGGUUCGACGGGUGGGACAAAGUCGUUUUCAACACGAAGCAGGGGGGCAACUGGGGGAAAGAGGAGAAGAAGAAAAGCAUGCCCUUCCGUAAGGGGGAAGCCUUUGAGCUGGUCUUCAUAGUCACCGGCGAGCACUACAAGGUAAUAGUAAAUGGUAGCCCCUUCUAUGAGUAUGGACAUCGGAUCCCUAUACAGAUGGUCACCCAUCUGCAAGUGGACGGAGACCUGCAACUUCAAUCCAUUAACUUCCUUGGAGGUGGCCCCCCUCCCCCAGGCCAGGUUCCUAUGACAAUCCCAGCACACCCAGGUCCAGGACCAGUUUAUAGACAGUCACCCUAUGAAUUACCGACCAUGGAAGGACCACCAGUCUUCAAUCCGCCAGUGCCAUUCUGGGGGCGGAUCCAGGGUGGCCUCACACCCCGAAAAACCAUCGUGAUAAAAGGACUGGUGACCCACCAGGCCAAGAGUAUCACCAUCAACUUCAAGGUGGCCCAAUCAGAGGACGUGGCCCUGCACAUUAACCCCCGACUGUCCGAAGGUGCCGUGGUCCGCAACAGCUACCUGGGUGGCAAGUGGGGGAAAGAGGAGAGGAACGCCACCUUCAAUCCAUUCACUCGGGGCCAGUACUUUGAUCUGUCCAUCCGCUGUGGUCACGACCGCUUCAAAGUCUUUGCCAAUGGCCAGCACGUCUUCGAUUACCCCCACCGAUUCCCUGCCAUCCAAAGGGUGGACACGGUGGAAAUCAAGGGAGACUUGUCCUUGUCCUAUGUGCAGAUCUGAACCUGCGGCAAGGUGACGGCCCAGCCCAGACAGACUGGGCUCUCAGUGUAUGCUGGUCCUUGUGUUUGGGAGAGCAUUGGUCAUUUUUCCUUCCA